AUGCCUCCAAAGAAAGCCGUCGAAGAAAAGAAAAUCCUUCUGGGAAGACCAGGUAAUAACCUUAAGAGUGGCAUUGUUGGUCUGGCCAACGUCGGAAAGUCCACCUUUUUCCAGGCAAUCACCCGCUGCCCUCUCGGUAACCCCGCAAAUUACCCCUUUGCUACCAUCGACCCUGAAGAGGCCCGCGUCAUUGUACCUUCCCCACGUUUCGACAAGCUUUGCGAAAUGUACAAGCCUGCAUCUGAAGUCCCUGCUCACAUCACUGUUUUUGACAUUGCCGGUUUGACCAAGGGUGCACAUGCUGGUGAAGGUCUGGGCAAUGCCUUUUUGUCCAAUAUUCGUGCUGUCGAUGCCAUUUUCCAGGUCGUCCGCUGCUUCGAUGACGCUGAAAUUAUCCAUAUUGAAGGUGAUGUCGACCCUGUUCGUGAUCUGCAAAUUAUUCUUGAUGAACUGCGUCUCAAGGAUAUGGAGUUUGUUCUUAAGCACCUCGAAGGUGUCGAGAAGAUUGUUAAGCGUGGUGGCCAAUCACUCGAAGUCAAGCAAAAGAAGGAAGAAAAGGCCUUUGUCGAGGGUCUCUACAAGUACCUUGAAGAUGGUAAGCGUAUUGCUAACGGUAAUUGGACCCCCAAGGAGGUUGAGAUUAUCAACUCAAUGCUUCUGCUUACUGCCAAGCCUGCCAUUUACCUUAUCAAUUUGUCUGAGCGUGACUACAUCCGCAAGAAAAACAAGAACCUUAUUGCCAUUAAGGAAUGGGUUGAUGCUAACUCUCCUGGUGAUGUCAUUAUCCCCUUCUCUGUGUCUCUUGAAGAGCGUUUGUCCCACAUGGAGACUGACGCUGAGCGUGAGGAAGAACUUAAGAAGCUCGGAACUACCUCCGCUCUCCCUAAGAUUAUUGUCAUCAUGCGUAAGACUCUUCACCUCAUUUCUUACUUCACCUGUGGUCCUGAUGAGGUCCGCGAAUGGACUAUCCGUGAGGGAACAAAGGCUCCUCAAGCUGCCGGUGUUAUCCACAAUGAUCUUAUGAAUACCUUUAUUCUUGCCCAGGUCACAAAGUACAAUGACCUUGUCGAACUCGGUGAUGAUAACGCCGUCCGUGCUGCCGGCAAGCUUAUGCAAAAGGGUAAGGAUUAUGUUGUUGAGGAUGGUGAUGUCAUUUACUUCAGAGCCGGUGCUGGUAAGAACUAA